UUUAAUUUAUAGAUUAAUUGUUGCUUAAUGGAAUGUGGGCGGAGAGGUUACACAAAGUCUUCUGCUGUUUAUGAGGUUCAGAUCAGUAAGGAUGACUCUUACCAUUCAGUUAUUCGCAAGAUAAGCGGCUCAAUUGCAAUUGAUGACUGUGAAGAAAAUGAGCUAAGGUUAUUCAAUGGAAGAGGUGGAAUAAUUCCAGAUGGUUGUAUUACUGUUUGUGAUAAAGAAGUUGAUUGGUCGUUGGGGGCCUUUUUACUAAAGAGACAUACCUCUGCAGACAAGUUAACUCUAGGCAUAGGCAUUGUUGAUGAAAAGCUAGAACCAGUUAUUUCCGUAUCAAAAAAGGCAAAGGUCAGUAGUAGUACUCAUAUGAACACAGAACCCUUGAGAAAGGCAGCAGCUGAUCAGAAUGGUUGA